AACAGGUGCACAGGUGUAUAAAGGCUGGCCAGGUGAACACGGACCGCUACAGUUGCCACCAAGCAAUCGGAGCUUUCACAAAGGGGCACUUUAUAGCAGAUAGGUUGUGAAAAAAUGGCUAAGGUACUGUUGUCAGUCUUCUUGGUCCUGGUGGCUGUGUCCUCUUCCCUGGGGAAACCAGAGAAGAACACAGUGAAGAAAGAGAAGAGGAUUCCUCAAACUCUUUCCAGAGGAUGGGGUGAUCAGUUGAUCUGGGCCCAGACUUACGAAGAGGCCUUAUUCUGGGCCAGAAAAGGGAACAAGCCCCUCAUGGUCAUCUUCCACCUGGAGGACUGCCCACAUAGCCAGUCUAUGAAGAAGGUAUUUGCAGAGGAUAAGGAGAUCCAGAGGAUAGCUGAUGAAGACUUCAUUGUCCUCAAUCUUAUGUAUGAGACCACCGAUAAGCAUCUCUCACCUGAUGGUCAGUAUGUGCCCAGGAUCAUUUUUGUUGAUCCCUCCAUGACUGUGCGUGCUGACAUCACAGGGCGCUACGCUAACCGCAUGUAUGCCUAUGAGCCAACUGACGCUAAACUCUUGUUGAGCAACAUGCAGAAGGCUAAGAAGUUCCUGAAGACGGAGUUGUGAGCCCGAAGGACGUCUCCACCACCCUUCACCUUUGAUGUGAAGGCUAUGAACUGGAGUGCUCAUGCCACACUCUUUGUCACGGUUUACCGAUGUAAAGCCAAGCACUGCAGAACUUUUCAACUUUGUUUUUUAGUUUCAGUUACCGUCAAUUUCCUGUUUGAUCUAAUGUAUGAGAUGUCUUUUUAAAUAAAUGCAGAUGUUCUCA